AUGACCAUCUCGCGGCCAACAGUAUCUUCAUUUCAGCGAGGUUAUGAAAUUAUUGGCCCUGAGAGGACACGAGAUGGUUUGAUGGAGCCUGGAGUACGCGUUAGCCAGGACAUGGCAAAAAAUGAUGAACUGCAUGAUGUUAAUAGCGAUGCCAACACACAGCGGUCUCCAGGGCUUUGGGUAACAACCGGUCGCUCCUUUGUGCGGUGGAUGUUCACACCGACGAGACUCUUAAUCACCAUUUAUGGGUUGAAUAUUGUGGCCUGGGGAGGCAUGCUGUUCCUGUUGAUGUGUAAUGCGGCCCCGGCGAUGUGUCACCCUGAUUGUAACAGCCUCAACUCGUCGCGCCGGAUCUGGAUCGAGGUCGACUCGCAGAUUCUCAACGCUCUUUUCUGUGUGACAGGAUUUGGGCUAGCACCAUGGAGAAUUCGCGACUUAUUCUUCUGGUGUUCCUGGCGACUACGUCAAUCGGAGCGGAGCCGUCACAAAGGAUUCACCCGUCUCGCUGACAUCCAUUCCGGCUGGUUUUGUCGGCCUCAAGGGUCAGCAAAUUUGCUUCCCAUUGUCUCGACUUCGCUCAAAGCAGAGCCGAUACUUCUUGCUCCGACAUCACCAUGGAAAAUGGAUGCCGUCGUGUGGGGAAAUAUGCUGAACACCGUCUUCCAAGUUUGUUUAGCCGUUUGCAUGUGGGCGAUGAACAGAUUUAACCGGCCUAGCUGGACCACUGGUCUAUUUGUUGGCCUGGCAUGCCUCGUCGCCGCUACCGUGGGGGCCAUUAUCUGGUUGGAGAAACGACGACUGAAGAAGGCUCAGGAACAUGCCAGACAGUGCACAGCUGGAGGAGCCACAACUGACAGCAAGACACUGUCAGGCCCUGCAGUAUAA